AUGUUUGGGAUGUUACAACAGUUUAUAUCCUCAAUAAUAUUGACGAGUUUCCUGUCCGUACUGUUUUUCCUGUCACUAUGGCAUAAUUUUGUCACAGUACACUUUCAAAGUAAACCGGAUCCAAGAGAUAUCAGAAGCUCAAGAACAAAUAUAAACCCACGUAAGAAACCAAGUCCGAAUAAGAUUAGACGGUACUCUAGAGAGUCGACUUCUUCAUCAUCACCAUUAGACUUGGAAAACGAUGAUGAAAAUAACAUCGAGUAUGAUCAUACAAUAACCAGUCUUCGAGCAAAUUUACCGAUGGAUUAUUUUAAACCAAAUAAUGGAGCUCCAAAAAACCUAAAUCAUGAUCACGACGCAAACGAACAAACACGUAUAUACGAUAAUCCAUUCAAGGGCGAUACAUUAUCUCUGGAAGAUCAUAAAUUGGUCCCUGAUUUGAAAUAUUACUACCGCCAAUACAAUAUUGAAGUUGAAGAAUUUAGAAUCACUACCGAUGAUGGUUUUGUAUUAGACUUAUGGCAUUUUAUUCCUUUAGGUGGAUCCUCCAAGGAUCAAACGGGGAAAUAUCCACUAUUACUCUUACAUGGGUUAUUACAAAGCGCUGGUGCAUUCGCAUCUAGUGGUAGGAGCUCAUUAGCAUAUUACUUAUAUGAACAAGGUUUUGAUAUUUGGUUAGGUAAUAACAGAUGUGGGCUUGAUCCAGAUUGGGACAUGCAAAAAUUGAAUAAUGAUAAAAAAAAAAAAUGGGAUUGGGAUAUUCAUGAAAUGUGUCAAUAUGACUUGAAAUGUUUGGUAGAGACUGUUUUAGAAAAGACUAUUCACUUUGAAAAAUUAACAUUGGUAGCUCAUUCACAAGGUACGACACAAAGUUUAUUAGGGUUAGUCAACGGUGAAAAACUUUAUGGCUCAACUUUUAAAUUGAUAGAUAAGAUAGAUAAUUUUGUCGCAUUAGCUCCUGCUAUUUAUCCUGGCCCAUUAUUACAAGAAAAAGGGUUUGUCAGAUUUAUGGGUAUGGGUAUUGAUUCACCUUGGAUAUUUGGUACAAAAUCAUUUAUCCCCUUGAUGAUGUUUAUGAGAAAUAUUGGUGUCGGAACAAAAAUAUUUUCAUUCUUUUCAUAUAUUAUGUUCAACUAUAUGUUUGAUUGGAAUGAUGUUUUAUGGGACAAACAAUUAAGAGAUCGAAAUUUUCUAUUUUCUCCCGUAAGUAUAUCAGUCAAAUUGAUGCAAUGGUGGUUAAGUUCUGAUGUUAACAAGACCAGUUUUAAGUAUGGUUCGAAUAAAAUGUUUCCUCACGAUAAGACGUGGUUCCCAAUAAGACAAGAGACGAGUACAACUGGACAAACAGAACAAGAUCUUCAUUUAAAUCCACCUCGUGAUUCUGCUAAACAUUUCCCACAGAUCAUGUUGUUCAUUCCAAAACAAGAUAGAUUAGUUGAUGGUGAACGUUUAAUCAAUCAUUUCGUAAACCAUGAAGAUAAUUCAGUUUAUAAGAUAUGGUACAUUGAUGAAUAUUCUCAUUUGGAUGUGUUAUGGGCUCAUGACGUUAUUGAAAGAAUUGGUAAACCAAUUAUCAAUAACAUAAGAUAUCCAAAUAAUCCCUUGAAUGACAGUGGUACAAUAAUAACAGCUACCGCAUAA